GAGAUUUUUAUUUAAAGACAUUUUAAUGUCACUUUGACUUGUACAAUUUUACAAUUUUACUAGAUAACUCACACACGGACCCCACACUUUCCUAAAAAAACCCAUGCAAUCAAUCGAUACUUUCUGCAAAAAGAAAUGUUAAAUCAGGCUUAUCAUCAUAUUUGCACGCGGAAAAUGCAUCUACUCCCCACGAACUCAUUUUUCUUUCUCCGAACUUCAAUUUCCAACGGCCAAAACACUUUACACGAGCUACUUGCGAAUGGGAAAUCAUUCAUCGGCUGCUUCGUCGGCGCUUCCUCCUCUUUCUGUUUAGGGAAACAAGGACGCUCCCCUGCCUCUCAUCUUUAUAAUAACGUCCCUCCUACAAUUUGUCUCGCCAGCACUGAAUCCCAACUAGUUUUAUCCAUCUCUGAUAAACGAUAAGAAUCAGUUUUACUACAAUGGCAUCAAAGAAACGGUUAGGAUUGAAACUUCCAAUCCCUCCACAACACCAAAGAGCGCCUCUGCGUCUGCCUCUCUCUCUGCCUCUCCCUCUCCCUCUGCCUCUUCCAGAGCCGCCGCAGUUAUCUUCAAGACAGGGCGUAGAGAAGCUCUCUGAUUUGGAAAGACUGGGAAAGCUCGGGCAUGGUAGCGGAGGCAUAGUGUACAAGGUCCUCCACCCCAAAUCCUCCACUUGCUAUGCCCUAAAAGUUAUCCGACUGGAGCAUGAUUCUUCCCUCACUUCCCACAUCACCAGGGAGAUGGACAUCCUCAGGAAAGUUGAUUCUCCUUACAUUGUCAAAUGUGAGGGUGUCUUCCACGAGGGAGGGAACAUUAAUUUUGUGCUGGAAUACAUGGAUGGAGGCUCCCUUGCGGAUGUGUUAAAGCACAAGACAAGGAUGAGUGAGUCCUCCCUGGCAAAGGUUGCUCGGCAAGUAUUGGAGGGAUUGAAAUACCUUCAUAAAGAGCGGAUUGUUCACAGAGACAUCAAGCCCGCCAAUCUCUUGAUUAGCAAGAAUUCCCAGCGAAUUAAAAUUGCAGACUUUGGGGUUAGCAGGAUUGUAUCACACAACAUAGAUUCCUGCUGCAAUUCUUAUGUGGGAACAUGUGCUUACAUGAGCCCCGAGAGAUUCGAUCCACAGAGCUAUGGUGGAAGAUAUAAUGGGUAUGCAGGGGAUAUCUGGAGCUUAGGAUUGACACUGUUGGAAUGUUAUGUGGGGCAUUUCCCAUUUGUAGCAGCCGGAGAGCAGCCGGAUUGGCCUGCACUGAUGUGUGCCAUAUGUUUUGGAGACCCGCCCUCUGCGCCCGCCAGUGCAUCUGCAGAGUUCCAGAGUUUUAUCAGAUGUUGUCUUCAAAAGGAUGCAGGCAAGAGAUGGACGGCCUCGCAGCUUCUGAAGCAUCCAUUCCUCAACAGAAGUUCACAAUUUCAGCAGCCCUGCAAUCUAACAGUGCCCUUCCAGGCCCUCAACAUCUCGCAGAAUGUGUGAAUGGUGUAUAGAUUUCAGGGAAAGUGAACUGAUUAGGCUUUAACCCACCAUUGUACUCCUCCCCACAAAAAGGGUAAAGCUCAUAAAAGGCGAAAUCAACUAGUAGCAAUAGAAAUUUUGAGUGGUGCGCAGUUGAGAGAAAAAGGGGUAAACCGUGCAAGUGAUCCGGCAGAAGCUAUCCUGCACAUCCUCUUUCGGAGCUAGCGCCACGUUGUGGGGCGGAACAGCCCCGCAAACUUCUUAUGCCAUUCGAACCCCUUUUUGUCGACCAUGAAAUUUCGGUGGCCUAAUUUUGACAGUCAACAAGUGCUUGUUUGCCAAAUAUUUUGUGAUUGUUGUCUUUCAAAUGUUAUAUAUAUAUUCUUUUUUUUU